AUGAUCGUCAGGGUAGACCUCGAUGGCGACAGGAGGGUCAACUUCGACGAGUUCCGACUAAUGAUGAACUGUCGGCCAUCGAGCACUUUAUUCGAGGAGAUGGGAAUUCCAGUGGAAGCUGAUCAUCCUUAUGUUCCAAAAGACCUGAAAUUGCCUGGAUUUGUGCCUGGAUUCCUCUCUCAAUUAACUAUUCUUGCCGUUUAUGGCAUCUCAUCUUUGCUAGUUAUCUCCUUCAUGUGGAUUUUGUCUGGGCGUUUUCGUAAGAUAUCAAAGGUCGACAGACUACUUAUGUGCUGGUGGAUAUUCACGGGCCUAACCCACAUUAUCCUCGAAGGCUACUUUGCUUUCUCUCCCGAAUUUUACAAAGAGAAGACCCCACAUUACCUUGCUGAAGUUUGGAAAGAAUAUAGCAAAGGUGACUCACGCUAUGCUGGACGUGAUUCUGGUGUGGUCGCUGUUGAAGGAAUUACUGCUGCCAUCGAGGGCCCCGCUUGUCUUCUAGCAGUGUAUGCUAUAGCAAUGAGAAAGUCUUACAGCUACACACUUCAAAUAGCAAUCUCUCUAGGCCAGCUUUACGGGACUGCUGUUUACUUCAUUACAGCUAUACUUGAAGGGGAUAACUUUGCAACGAACGAGUUUUAUUAUUACGCUUAUUAUGUCAUGGCCAAUAUAUGGUGGGUUAUAAUCCCCACCACCAUUGUUGUCCAUAGCUGGAAGAAGACAUGUGAAGCAUUCAACGUACAUGAACAGAAAAAGACCAAAACUUGUUGA